UAGUGUUUCUAAACCAUGAUCUCACUUCUACAAAUUCUUUUUUUUUCCACCUCAGGGUUCCAUCUUAGUGGUACGGUCAGUGAACCCAGCGGUCAACUAUACGAGCCAGAACAGAGGCAUAGGGUAUCGAUUAGCUUUGAUCGCUGCAAGAUCACUGCGGUGACCUGCACCUGUGGCAACCGCGACAUCUUCUGGUGCCAACAUGUGGUGGCGCUCUCACUUCACAGAAUCCGGCGGGCGCGGGAAGUCCAGCUGCGCCUGCCCAUCUCCGAGACGUUGCUUCAGAUGGAUCGGGAACAACUCCAGAAAUUUGCUCAGUACCUCAUCGCCGCACAUCACACAAAUGUCCUGCCAACGGCGCAAAAACUCGCAGACGAGAUCCUGCAGUCAAAGUCAGAAAUCAACCAGCUCGCAGGUGCACCUGACCCUACAGCUGGAGCCAGUAUAGAUGACGAUAGCUGUUGGCAUCUCGACGAAGAACAGGUCCAAGAACAGGUCAAACUCUAUCUUCAGCAGGGAAGCUAUUAUGACUCGGGGAAACAACUUAACUCAUUAUUUGCCAAGGUACGAGAAAUGUUACGGGUUAGAGACUCCAACGGAGCACGCAUGUUAACGUUAAUCACAGAACAGUUCAUGGUAGACCCUAGGUUGCAACUAUGGAGACAACAGGGGACGCCCAUGACAGACAAACACAGACAACUCUGGGACCAACUAGGUUUACUAUGGAUGGUAGUGGUAAUGAAUCCAGGUUACUCAAAACGAGAGAAAGAACAUUGGAGAGUGAGAUUACGGCAAUGGAGUUCCAAUGACCUUUGCCCUCUGGAAGACGCAGACGCUCGUAGUAAUAUUCCCAACCCAGGACCAGGUGCAAUAAACAAUGUGGCAGGACCGUCGGCGAAUGGCGACAGACCGAGGACGAUCUUCACGAGGGCGAUAGAGGCGUGCGACCUUCAGUGGUGUGAUAACCACUUACAAAAUGUCUUGAACAAAGACUACUUCAUGUGUGUGCACCAUAUCAAAGAUAUGGAUUAUGGACUAUUCAACCAAUCAGCCUUCCCACUUUGGUCAGAACAUUUACCAACAGCUUGUGCCAGAGUAGAUGCUCUACGUUCCCAUGGUUACCCGAAAGAAGCAUUACGUCUCGCCGUCUCCAUUGUUAGAUACCUCAAGAAAGUACAGCAGGACCACCUCAAACAAGCUAAACACAGUGCUCGCAAAUCAAAACGGAAAUGCUCUCAGACGAACAUGACGGCCAGCGAGGUGUUCUACAACAGCAGUAGCAGUAGCAACAUCGUGCGGGAUGCAAGCGAGGCGUGGAUCGGUCAUCCGUUGGAUCCCAUCGGAUGUUUAUUGGACACCCUUCUUGAGGCAUCCAGUGCUAACCCAGAUGCUAUGGACGGUGGUGAUGGUGGUGGCUUGUCAAGCGGUCCCUCAACCAGUGGGUCAUCGUCCACCCAGUCGUCUUCAUCCUCGGCAAGUCAUGCGAAUAACAAAUACAGGCACGUCAGAGUGACUGGGUCCAACGAUCCCUUGGAGUCCUAUCUCACGCUCGCGUACGAGGUAGCGGUCAUCGGGCUCGGUCAGCAGAGGGUCAUGCCCAUGGGGCUCUACGCCCAGGACAAGGCUUGCAGGGCAGAGGAGGAACUUAUCACAAGGCAUAGUGAGAUUCUGAUGGACCAUGAUCUGGUCCAGGUCUUACAACAGCAGGCUAAUACCCUGAUGGAAGGUACUGCCAGUGGUCUUGGUAGCACAGUACGACCUGAGAGCUUUCCAAUGCACACAUUUGGUCGAUAUCUCUUCCAGACGCUCCUCCCAUACAACGCAGACCUGGCCUAUAAGGUUGGACUACGCGCCAUGAGAUUGCCUAUCCUGGAGGAAGGGACAUCGGGAAGCGGUGGAUUAACUGCUAGUAGUAUGAACGCUGUCCUGAUGGGUCGAUAUCCUCGAUGGUUUGUUCUGGGUCAUAUCGAGUCUCAACAGUGUGAACUGGCUAGCUGCAUGAUCACCGCCGCUAAAGAUGAUCCUCGUCGUCUGCGGAAUGUUCUUGAGGCCGCCCAACGUCACAUCCACAGCGCAUCGCAGCUCUUCAAGCUCGCACAGGAUGCCUUCAAGGUGGCCACGCCCGUCGACGGCCCCACCCACUGCACCCUCCUCAAGGCGACCUUUGACCUCGGCCUGCACAUCAUGCGCAUGACGCUGGCCAACAUGAACUGGAGGCGGCGGGACAUGGUGCAUUGGAUGGUCCGUUGCGCCACCGAGAUCGGAAUCGAUGCCCUCAUCACCGUGAUGCAGUCGUGGUACACGCUAUUCUCGCCUACGGAAGCGACGACAAUGGUCGCGACCACAGUCAUGUCACCUACCACCGCCAUUAGAUUGAACUUAGACAUAAGAGCACAGGAGGAACUUGCAAGGUGUGCUCGGAGUGUAGCUUUACAAUGUGCCGCGAAGGAUCCACCUUCUUGUGCACUAUGUGCUUUAACUCUAUGUGAAAAAGACACUGUAGCCUUCAAGGCCGCCUAUCAAAUAGUCGUGGACGCAGCGGCAGGAGCCAUGAACUCGCAGCAGCUCUUCACGAUAGCACGGUACAUGGAGCAUCGUGGGUAUGCCACGCUGGCCUACGACCUGGCCGUCUUGGCCAUGAGGAAUCUAUCUCUGGGGUACAACCAGGACACGCAUCCAGCAAUAAACGACGUGUACUGGGCGUGUGCACUCAGUCACUCGUUGGGCAAAGAGCAGCUGAGUAAUAUGAUCCCUCUAGUGGUCAAGAGUGUCCAGUGUGCCUCUGUCCUUGCUGAUGUUCUGCAUAGAUGUACUUUAACAGCCCCUGGUGUUGGUUGUCCGCCUGAUGCCAAACGUCGCUGCAUCAAACUCUUGCCAUACGACAAAGAUCCCAUGCGUCAACUCCUCGAUGCGGCCAUCGCAGCUUACAUCAACACCGCCCAUUCCCGCCUCACGCACAUCUCCCCGCGCCACUACGGCGACUUCAUCGAGUUCCUCGGGAAGGCCAGGGAGACGUUUUACCUCGCGCCCGAUGGCCACAUGCGCUUCACAAAACUCAUAGAUGACCUUAAGAUCAUGUACCGGGGGAAAAAGAAACUCAUGCAUCUUGUCCGGGAGAGAUUCGGAUGACGCUGGGCCAUAGAGGGCACCCUUGCAACCCCAAACCAUGGCAUGACGUCGGGAGGAGGCGUCGAAGUGUUUGUGCCGGUUGUGGGUAUCCUAUGGGUGUGACAUUUACUGCAGGGGCAAUAUGCAAAUUUUCUCUUUUUGUUGUUGUUUUAUUUUGUCAAAUUCCUAGAUAUGGAAAAGAAUAUAACCGAUUCUAGCCACACCGUUUUAGUAUUGUGUAUUAUUGAUUUGAUUCAUGUCUCGUGUGUCCAUGUUGUGUAACAUGUUGUUGUGCCAUGAAAUUCAUUCUUAAAAAGAAGUGUUCCACAGUUAACGCAGGUUACAAUUUGUAACAAUCCAUAUUGACUUACAUGUUGAACAGCAGUAUUCUGAUUGUCAUCCACUUAAGAUUUUGUCUAAGUUUUUGUCAAAUUUUAAAGAAGUUUCUCUUUAACUUUAAUUCUGAAAUUUGAAGUUCAACGAAAUAAUCUGAGAGAAUUAAAGAAAAGCAAGUUUUAAAAUUCAGAAAAUUAACCAUGAUAUAUACGGAGAUUGUUUAAAGGCUUAUUAAAGCUUAAAAUAUCUUUCUCAGUCAGAAAGUCAUCUUUUACUCCAUUAUGUCUCUAAAGGAGUUGAAUUAAAUUUCCUUUCCCAUUUUUCAGUGUUAAGUAAGAUUAUUUCUUUGGUCUUCAAAACCCUUGAGUGAAUAAAAUCAUUAGAUAUAAAUUUCUACUUCCAAGUGUUUUCUAUUACAAGACCAGACUUUUUGUCUAAGUAUGUUUUCAUAUGUUGUUCAAAUUAAACAGUAACCCUGCGUGUAUUUCACGAUCUCUUCUUACAUUACCUGUUUAAUAUGUAAAUGUAAGUAAGAAUUGCAUGGAAUUAAUAUAUGUAAAUGAAAAAUAGAUCAAAUUCAUUGCCUUUAAUGUAAUAUAUGAUAUUAAUCUAUAAUACCAGUUUAAAAUCAUUGUAAUAUGUUCUACAUAGCCGUUCACCAUGGAAAAACAUUAUGUUGGAACAUUUCACUUCUUGAUGUUGCCAAUAUUACUCAUAAUUCAUUGUUCAUCUCUAGUAACAUUGCCAAAGGAGUUUGUUGUAAAGACAAUUCUUCAUCUAGUUGUAGGGUUUUAAUUGCCAAAAGAUGCGAAAUUCAGAUUUCUCCCUACAUUAGCAAUUCAACUUCUCCCAGUGUAAUGUACUAGCUGUCUUAAUGAAGUGUUGUAAUUUAAACAUUUCAUUAAGACAGCUAGAACAUGUGGGUGAAAAAUUACUCAUGACUAAAGUAGUAAAAGAGAAAAGUCUCCUUUCCUAAUUUCAUUGAUGAAAUUUCCUCUUAUUCUGAUUGCGGACCUUUCUGCUAUUCAUCAAUUAACAACUCUAUAAAUAUACCGGUAGGAAUGUAAAAGUAUCAUUAUUGAAGUACUGUGACAUAAUAUCUACAAUAUAUUAUCUUUAUCAAUGGCUACAGCAUGCAUUUGUAAUUCUAUAAUUACUGACCAAUGUAAUGAGAAUAUUAAAUUUCUAUUCUACGAGACUUUGUGGGUCUUUCAGAAAGCUGUCGGCAAGUUAAGAAUGACUUAACACAACUGGUAAUCAUUUCUUGUGAGCAAGUCAACACCAGUGAAAAUUUUGGUUUCAUUAUUCACCACAAGAAAGGAUCACGGUCAUGCAUAAAGUCAUUUGCAAUUAUAAAAAACAGCUUUAGGAAACACUAACUUUGUCUAAAAAAUGAAAAUGGAAUUUUAUUUAAUAUUUGAUAUAAUGAUGGACUAUUGAAUUGAUGAUUUUGAUAUUUUGGGUGACCCAUAUUCUAGGUAUAUUUAUCCUUUAUUCAAUUGAUUGACUUAAGUUACACGAGAUGACCUUUUUUUUGUUUUGAAGAAGACUACCUCAUUCACCUCAUAUUAUAACAUGUACAUCAGAAAUCUUAUUAUUCAUUAAGUAAUGGUUAUUGCCAAUAUAUUUAAAAAUGAAAAAAAUCAUUUUAGGCUUAAUGCAGGGAAAUUUUGUUGACGCGUUAUUAUCGAUAGUUGCGGAUUGAUUGAAGUUUAAAGGAAUCUACUACUUCGGGAGAAAUAAAGAUGAGAAUGAAAUAAUUUCCUUCCAUUUAUGCAUGUAUCAGUACCGAAAAAGGAAUUACCUACACGUUUUAUAGAGUACAACCGUUUGUAGUGGCUUCCCAAAGAAAGACAUGGAUUUUAAUUCUCAGUCUCUCCCCCUGAAUGGCUAAGAAGUCCAUAAUUUUAACAAUUAAAGGCAUGACUAAAGCCAUUCUCCCCAUAAAUCAAGUCCUCGCUCUCGGGAGGCGAACACCAAACAUCGUACUUCGAAUUUCAUUUCUUUCGCGUUAUUUUUCUUCAUGCUGCAGAAAAAACAAAAUAAUCAUAGCUGCGUUCGUAAGAUCAUUUCAAGUAUGAAAACCAUAAGAAGUUGUAAAAAGUUGUUUCAGUCAUUAUGUAUUUAUUUAUUGUAUCAUCACAGAGAAGAAGACCUAGUCUUUACAUGAGCUCAGUUCUUUGUGGUUUGUUGUUGUCAUGGUAACAUAAUCACAAAUUAUAUUUCUCUUUUACGCACAUUUCAAAGUGAAGCUGUAAAGUGUUCCUCUUAUAUCUAUAUAUAUAAAUAUAUAUAUAGUUUCUGAAAUUGUGGCAUUACCUAAAAUUGUGCAUAAUGUAUAUGUUGUAAAGCUGCUUCUUUUUUUUAGUUUUUUUUUUCAAGAAAGAAGUGUGAUAGUCUAUCAAAAGUGGUUUAUAUUCUAAAAAAAUUUUAGUUUCCUUUUUCUUUGCUAUUUUGUGAAAGGGAAAUGUGCGGCUUAUGAAAUAGCGUGCCUCGGUUCCCUUCCAUUUGGUUUACAAAAAGAAGUCUGAGUUCUCUUCAAUAGCAGUGAUAAUCCACCCGAAUUGUUCUCAUUCAAAUGAAAACUUCAUGUUAACUCAUCGCUAAUUUCAUUUGCUAAUUUUAGAAGGAUAUUUUACACCUAGUCAUGUGUUACUAUCGUUUUCUAAAAAAGGACAAAAGUAAGAUAAACUAAAUGUCAUCAAAUCAACAAACUGCAUGCUGGCAGUUUGUCAAAUCUUUUAAGGAAUAACAUCAAAAUUGAGUUAGAAAUCUACUUUCACUCUAAUAGUGAGAAAGAUUUAAUAGCUCCUCUGGUCAAUUAAUGUUCAUGUAGAUGUCAAUAAUAACAAAAUGAUAUGAGAACUCAGAUUCGUAUUAUGAACAUUUGGAAGGGUCGAGUCACCAUCAAUAGUUUGCAUACUGUUGCUUGAUUCACUACGUUGUUUAUUUAUGUUCAAAUGUUAUGAUAGAGAUUUGAGUCAAGAUUUUUUUUCUCUUUUUUUUUUGCCACCACAAUUGGAUAAGAAGUGGAAGUGCCAAUAUAUUUUGACAAAGAUUUUUUUUCUAAGGAAUUGGAGAUGAACGACAGGUGCUAUUUUAUGUCAAAAAAAACUUUUUGAGGGAAUUAAGUGCAAGGAAAUGUUUUUGUGUACAGAGACAACUAAAAUACAUUAUAUUGAUGUUUCAAGGUUUUGUUAGAUAUCUAGUGUAUAAAACAUGUACAGCUGAUAUCAGCUGGAUAUGAUCAUAGACAAUAUUUCUAAGUUAGUAGAGUCUAAAUAUGUUCAUGUUUUCACUUUUUCUUCUUAUUCUUUUCUUCACAUGACCAAAUUGUUUGCCGCAAGAUAUAUAUUAUUUGUGUGAUUGAUUCUAUAGUGUUUAGAUGAGGUGUUUACAGAUAUAUUGAAAGAUAUGGGUUGAGCCCAUUAAGAAAGGGUGUUUUUUCUAAAGCAAAAUGCAGGGAUAUCCUGUUAUUUCUCUUUGAUUUUUUUUGUGAAAUAUUUUGUUUCAGAGAAAGGCAAUGCCAACGAUUCGUUUACAAAAACAAUUUCCUUUAUUUACUGCUUUCAUAGAGUACUACUGUUUUCAAAUAGCGGGUCAUUUUAUGGGAAAGUUUCUCUCGUAUGUUUGCCAAAUAAACAUUCACACUACGUGGUAUAGAGUUCCCAAAUCAGGAUUCUGUUACAUAAAUCAUGCAAUCGAGAUUUACAAUCGAUUGUACUUGUCCCCUUUAAGAAGCUAUCGCCAAUUGCAUUUUUUUUUUUUACUAAUAAUCACAAGCAGUUAUAAAUCACACGUCCAAAUGCUUGUUUAUCCCGUGUCAUCUCAAUUCACAAUCUGUUGCUACUCGUGACCAUGUGUGUGCUGUGGAUAAGAAGUGACGGUUACGUCUGAAUGGAUGUGUGAUCAAUUACUGACCAGUUUUAACUGGGCUGAGGAGCUUAGAUCAUGCAUAUUGCCUCACAAUUCAGAAUGCAUUAUAAUUCAUUAUAUACCACAAAUUGACAAUCUGGAUUGUACGCUGUGACACAUCAUACAGCGUUCUAAUGAGCUCAUACCGUCCGACUAAUAUCACAAGGUCUGAAUGAUAUGCAACUGAUUCUGAUAUCACCCAUGAGUGGUGGUAAUUUUCAGUGUUUGUUUCCUAUAGACUCAAAUUACAAAAGAUCAUGCAAUUUAUGAUUUUGCAGUUUUUUCCUAAUUUUUUCCAUAAAUGUGCAUUCAUGCAGAUUGCUUCAAAUAAAAAAAACAAUACCAGCAUUCUCUGUUAGAAUCUCCACCAAGCAAACUACAAAGAUCAUCUAGUACCAGCAUUGUGGAAAAAAAACUCAUGAAUUUGCUGAGUAACAUUUAUAAGCCAGAAAAUAUCUGCACGCUAAAAUGUUAGCUUAUAGAGUGAAUUCUUUUGUGGAGCAGUUUCUAAAGUAUAAUAUCUAUUUCUGCAAGUCAUGCGUUGUAUGAAUCUUUGUUAAAAAAAAUGAUUUGACAAAUAUUAAUACAAAGAGUGAUUUUGAAAGCAACGUGAUUUUGUUUUUUAUACAAAAACCUAUAUAGGUAAUAGUGAAAAUGAGAAAAGCUAUCAUUUUGAAUUAAGUUCAGCGUCACAUUGAAAAAAUGCUUGCUUGACACCCCCCCCCUUGAUCUUAUGACUGGAUGUAACAUUAAUUUGGCAUACAAACUUAUAAUUUUUGAAAAAUUAUUUGAAUUUCAAAUUUGUCUGUACUUGCGAGGAUUAUAUUCUUAUGUAUGUAAGAUAUUACUUGAGAUUAGCCAAAUCCCUUUGUGUAUAUUUUGUACCAUUGAUUCAUCAUUUCAAUGCAAAAUAUUUUUUUGUCAUCUUUUUGAGCUUUUCAACAAGAGUUUGGAAAGAUCUCUCAGAGGAUAUUCUGAGAAAUUUUAAAACUGAAGAGAUUGGAAACUUAAUUGGAAGAUUUUGUUGUGAUUAUGGUUUGAAUCUCCAAAAUAGGGUUUCCUGUUUCUCUCUCUAUCUCUGUGUACUGUUUGCACUCCUGAAUGUUGCGAAUGUUUCUGUCGUUUUUUGUAGUAUUGUGAUGAAAAAAAUAUGAUCAUGAAAAAUUAUUAAGCUCAGGGCAUGCCUCAAAUUUCCAAUUGUAGAUUAUUUGUUGGAAGGAUGGAGAAAAGAAAAACAUUCUUUGUGAAUUUAAUGGUUUUCUUGUGAUAAUUUAUUAUGCGUCUGGUGUAGAAAGAAUCCACUGUAUGUGUAGUUAGGAGAUAUGUAGUCUUGUCUGCUAGUAUCAGAUAUGAACUAUAGUAGAUAGAUGUUAUUAGUCAAAAAAAUCUUACUCAUUAUGAUGAUGAUGUUGAUGAUGAAAAAAGAAAAUGAUUAAAAAUGUCAUAAAAAAUAGAAAACAAGUGGAUUGAUGCAGUUGAUAAAUUUUCCAGUUUUAUAAUAAAUUAUUUGAACCAAGUAUGAGGAAAGGACUGUAUUGAUCA